AUGAAUUCCCUGACUCCAAUGAAAAUUAGUCUAGACUAGUGAGGUGCUUUUACUUUACCCCAUUACACGCAUCCCAUUUUGCAAAAGGAGCAGAGAGGAGAAAGAUUAGCUAGCUGUGUCCUGGUGUACAAGAAACCUGAUACUGUAGAAGCAGAGAAAUCUCUGCUUUGGGAAAUUUGCGAUGCACUGGAAGAUGCUAUUCCUGUUCUUGCUGUGCUAUAAUGCUCAUGGCACUGUGCCCCCCAGGUGGAAUCGAGGACUUGGUUUUAUUUUUGGCUCUUGGAUUUUUUGCCUUAAUGCAUUGAAAACUAUGUUUUUCCCAUCUGCUCUCCGUGUGAAGAGGUCCUCAGCAGUUCUUCUCAACCCAGUGCUUCAGAAGUCUCAGGAAGAUGUGGAUCUUCUAUUUGAGUUUCUUCUAGGUGAGCUGGAAAUUGAUGAUGACCUAAAAAUCACUGUCAAAGACGAGGAACUCGCUUCAACCAGGAAGGCGAUAAUGUUUGACACCCUGUGUAAUGAUGUUAUCCCAAAAAGUAUUACAGAAAUACGUAGAUUAAGCUCCAGGCUGGCAGGUUACCCUGGCAUGUUAAAGAAAGAAGAUUUUGAAAGGACGGUAUUGACGAUGGUCUAUACAGCCUACAGGACAGCUCAGUCCCAAGCACAUCAGAAAGAGAACUGGGCAGAAUCCUUUGUAAAUCUUUACAAGCUUGUGAUGCAUGACUUGAAGUUGCUAUCCAGCCAAGCUCCAACUUCUCAGAGAACGUGACGCUCCAGAAGCAAACUCUGAUUAUAAGAAGGAUAUAUCUGCUUCUUCAUUUUGAUAAGUAAUAAAGGAAACAAACAGGCUUGGAGAUAUUUCUUAAUCUCUAGCUCCUCCUAGAGAGAAUCUGUUGUAAAAUCUUCUGUAUUGCAUUACAAAUUGAAUUAAUAUAUCCGUUUAAAAAAUGUUUUCCAAAUUAUCUAGCCUUUUCUUUUUAAGUGUAACCAAUGGACAGCAAAUCCUCUCUUGUCGUGUAUUUUUCUAUUUUAUUUCCAUCAGUGUCUUUCACAUGUCUGUAUAGAUUAUAGCUAACACAAACUUUACCCCACCCUUUAAAUGCAACAGUUAUGCUGUGUCCAUUCUUGAUGAAUACGAGGGACUCAGAAAACUUGCAUAUUUUUUUCUGGCCUCUUUUAAAAGCUGAGGGAAAAAAUGCUGAGCUCAAUCCUUUUGGAAAUUCCAUCUUGCUAGUACCCCUCCCCCCAAAAUACAUUUUUCCUCCCCUCUUCUGUCAAGAAGCAUUAGUUAAGAGUUAAAGCAAUAGGUUCAUUUAAGAGAAAGGAUAGGUCUA